AUGCCUAGCUGUAUUUCGGACGAAGUUAAGAAUGUGGUGGUACUUGGGGGAAGUUAUGGUGGUAUGCAUACCGCUAUGGUGCUGGCAAAAAAGCUCCCCCCAACACAUCGCGUGAUUCUCAUGGAGCGGAACACGCAUUUCAACCAUCUCUAUGUAUUCCCCCGUUUUCUCGUGUUUCCCGGCCACGAGCACAAAGCGUUCGUGCCAUACACGUCCAUAUUUUCCGAAUCCCCUUCCCGAAGAAGAGCUGCGGUUUUGUCCAACAUGAAAACGGGCAAUAUGACGCGGUUAGAAAUGCAUGUCGACGAUGACGGAUCAGGCCCUCCUAUCGACGCCGCCGACGCGGAGAACGCGAUAGUAAAGGAUCGCUUGGAAAUGGAGUCUGCAUUUGACGAUAAACACGACCGGAAAGAAAAUCAGAUUAUCGAGGUCCACGAUCUAUUGAAAGGAAAACUGCGUAUUGACGACGAAUACAUUGCAAAUGGCGACGCGAAAGACGAAUUUUGUAAAGCAGAACCACACCUAGUUUUAUGUGGCGAGGUGACAAGGGUUUCCGACAAUUAUGUGACGAUAAAACAGCAAACUCCAGAAUGUGGGGACCAAAUGAACGGGUCGUUGCCAAAGAAAUCGCUUUGGUCGCUUGACACGAUGGAAAUACCUUAUACACACUUGGUAUAUGCUUUGGGUUCGCACAUGCCGGACCCCCUUUACCGCAACUCGUACUCCAAGGUGCGUGGAGUUGAAUGGAUGAAACGCACGAAUCACCGCAUUCGAGAAAGCAAGGAUAUUGUGAUUGUUGGCGGUGGCGCGCUUGGUGUAGAGCUUGCUACGGACAUUGCAACUAAGUACAAAGACAAGAACAUCACGUUGAUCCAUUCGCGCCAGCAGCUAUUACCCAAUUUUGAUAUCCGUGUACACGAGUGGGCCUAUAAACAGCUGCAGAAACUCGGCGUCAAGGUCGUGCUUGGACACCGUCUUUCGUAUGCACGCGGCUGUCCGCGCGGAACGACGCCUGAACUGUUUGAAAACUAUACACCAUCACAGAAAACGUCACCUGAUGGCAAAAUCCUACCGGUGAUUAUUUGUCCCAACGAAGCAGAACCAGGGGCAGAGCCGCUGCGCCAUCAUAUCCGCACGACGAAGGGUCUUGAGCUUGAAUGCGACUUGUUUUUGCUUUGCACAGGCCAGCAGCCGAAUUCUGCUUUGAUGGCUGAAUUCUCGCCGACCAGUGUAAAUCCGUCCACACGUCUAAUCCGUGUUAUGCAUACACUUCAGGUCAUGAAACCCGACGACCCCUACGCUGCGUCACACCCACCAGGAGCUGUAGAGACAUGCAAAGACUGUGAUUGUUUCCCGGAUAACAAGCUCGCAGGUGCGGAGUCUGACCAAGAGGAUGGGGCUAAGAACGUGGAACACUUUGACAAUAUAUAUGCUAUUGGAGACGUCGCAGACGCAUUUGGCGCGCUGAAUGCAGGGUACCAGGCUUGGUACAUGGGCGAGGCAGUUGCAGAAAACAUUCUGCGCGAUAUUAUGCGACAGGCAGACUCGGAAGAUCCCACGUCUAAGCUACCCGAUGGCGAACCUGUUCCGCUAAAAGAAUUUACUCCCCUGCCCGACAUGCUCAAAUUGACUAUUGGCGGCGGCGAGGUCGUGUCUCAAGGUGCGCCUGCUCCAGAUGAGUCGCUACCUGGCAGGCCCAUGCGACCUACCGUUCAAGUGGCACCCGAUCAAGAAGAUAUGUAUAUUGAAUCUGUGUGGAAAGGGAUGGCACUUGCCGAUCCUUCCGACAUGUACAUCUAA